UUCUUUGCGCACGCCGAGUGAGUGCAGUGGCAGGGAAUGGGGUUUCAGCAGUAGGAGACAAGGUGGAAAAUAGUCAGAAAGAAACCCUUUUAGUCCUUCCGCAUAUGUUUCUCACUGAGAACGACUGAAAGGAAAACAUGAAAGACACAGGAGCAGAAGAAGGAGGAGGAGGCGACGGCAGAGACAAUAUUGGCCAAACUGAGAAGAGCCAGAGUUGGAUCCCCAAAAUUAUCAAGAAAAGAGUGUGCAGCACUUUUGUAGAAGAUUCCGUCAGUAAUGGCGCAUUGUGUCAGUGCGGGGCUGCGAGAGAUGACCAUGCCUCUGUGGCUCUUGGAGACUAUUUCAGCACAGCCAUCGUGAACCAGUGGAAAAGUGUGCAGCACUCCUCCGAAAGACCGACAGAUGCCUUUGGAGAGGUGCAGUUUGCAGGGGCCAGCAAGAGGCACAGCCAUUUUCUGCGUCUGUCAUGGAGCACUGAGCCUUCUAUGGUGUACACCAUACUGACAGCUCAUUGGCGUCUUCCUCUACCCAACCUGGUUGUUUCUGUUGUGGGCGGAGAGGGAAGGACACAGGUGAAGACCUGGGUACGGGAGGUCCUCAGACAGGGACUGGUGAAAGCAUCACAAAGCACAGGUGCAUGGAUCUUAACUACAGGUCUGCGUGAAGGCGUUGGCAGGUGUGUUGGGCAGGCAGUGAGAGAUCAUGCAACUGCAGCUUCUUCAUUCUCACUCAACAAGGUGGUAGCGUUGGGCAUUGCUCCAUGGGGCCUUGUGGAAAAACGAGAGCAGCUGGUCAACCCUCAGGGAAGCUUUCCAGCAAAGUACUAUGUCCAAAACAUUUCCCAGGACUCCUGCUCCCUGGAUAACAACUACCAGGCCUUCCUCCUCGUGGACGAUGGCAGUGUGGGCCGCAGAGGAGGAGAAACAGAUUUCAGAGCCAGAUUGGAGGAAUACAUUUCCCAGCAGCGCACAGGGAGAUGGGGAAGUGGCAGCAUUGACAUCCCUGUAGUUUGUAUGCUGAUAUCAGGGGAAACAGACAUGCUGAAGAGAAUGGAUCUCUCUUUAAAAAGCUGCAUCCCCUGGCUGGUGCUGGCUGGCUCAGGGGGCUUGGCUGAUUUCCUGAGUGAUAUCUUGGAGAACUGGUCUUCAGCUCCAGCUGUGCCGUCCUCUGGUGAAGGCAACAGUGAGGCUCCUAAAACCCCCAGUGUGGAUCUCAAAGACAGAGUGACAGAACGGUUUAAGAAGCAUUUUCCUUCAGAGGCACAGACCGACAAACUAGUUGAACGGGCUUUGAGCAUUUACCAGAACAAAGAUUUGAUUACAAUCUACCAAGGAGAGCACGAGAGUCCAAAUGACUUUGACACAGUCCUGCUUAAAACACUCGUGGGAGCAAGUAAGCAGCAAUCAUCAGUUGAUGCCAGCCCUUAUAGUGACGAGCUGAAACUAGCAGUAACGUGGAACAGGGUUGACAUUGCCAAGAGUGAACUCUUCAAUGGAGACAUCCAGUGGAAGUAUGAAGAUUUGGAGGACUCAAUGACAGAUGCAUUGAUCAAUGACAAGCCCCAGUUUGUUCGGCUUUUCACUGAGAAUGGCUUGAAUAUCAUGGAGUACCUAACUUAUGGCAGGCUGGAAACCCUCUAUCGCUCUGUGCCAGAUGGGACCUUGCUCUAUCAGCUACUACAACAGUGCCUAGCAGAGCGGCUGGCAAUAGUGGAGCGUCACUCACCAUCAGAAAAACAGAAUUCAUCCUCAAAAAUGGUGAAAGAUACGCAUCAGGGUGGACCAGUGAAGGAGGUCACCCUUUUUGAGGUGUCAGGGGUUCUGGAGCUGUUAAUGGGUGAUGUCUGCCAGCCUUUAUACUACAAAGCUUUGGGCUUAGAGUUCACUUCAUCCAAAAGGACGUCUCUGAGGCGUGCAAAUAAGGUUCUGCGUGGAGAUUCGUUCUAUCGGCAGCUGCGCUGCCCCUAUCCCUGGGCUUCACUCUUCCUCUGGGCUGUACUGCAGAACCGCAGUGAGAUGGCCCUUUUCUUCUGGGAGAUGGCAGGUGAGGCAGUCCUGAGUGCUCUCAGUGGCUGUAAUAUACUCAGAGACUUGUCCAAACUGGAGGAGGAGACUGAAACCAAACUCUCCAUGAAAGAGCUGGCCCAGAAGUUUGAGAACCUGGCUCAUGAUAUUUUUAGCUCUUGUUAUCGGAGUGAUGAAAACCGUUCCUUCACCCUGCUAAUUAGGAAGUCUCCAAUCUGGGGUGACACCACCUGCCUUCAGAUGGGCAUGAGUGCCGAUGCCCGGCUCUUCUUCAGUAAUGAUGGCGUACAGUCUCUGCUGUCCCAGAUCUGGUGGGGUGAUAUGAAGAGGAACACAGAGGUCUGGAAGCUCUUGCUCGCUUUCUUCUGCCCCAUCCUCUGCUACACCAACCUCAUUUCCUUCAGGAAAUUAUACUGGUAUAUGGUCAUUUUUGUCUUCUUCAUCAAGACCAUUUUAUUGGGGACGAUGACUUGGCGCCAAAGGUUCAGACUCUACAUUCAGGAUGUUUGGAAUAAAUGUGACCUCACUGCCAUCAGCCUGUUCAUUAUAGGACUAAUCUGCAGGAUGUUCCACUGGUCAUAUGAAUUUGGACGGGAUGUCCUGUGUUUGGACUACAUGGUCUUCACCCUUCGCCUCAUUCACAUUUUUGCCAUUCACAAGCAGCUGGGACCAAAAAUCAUCAUUGUAGGAAAGAUGAUGAAGGAUAUCUUCUUCUUCCUCUUCUUCCUGGGUGUGUGGCUCAUGGCAUACGGAGUUGCCAAUCAGGCUCUGAUCUAUUCCUACGAUCCAAACCCGAAUCGCAUUUUUCGGAGAGUUUUCUACAGGCCAUACCUUCACAUCUUUGGACAGAUCCCUGUUGAAGAGAUGGAUGUGGGCAAGGACUGGGAUGUCAACUGUACACACAAUGUGACUUUGAUUGAGAGCGGAGAAGAGCCGUGUAGAACUCAUGAGAGUAACUGGCUGGUAGUGAUUCUGCUAGUCGUAUAUCUCCUGGUCACCAACAUCCUGCUCAUCAACCUGCUUAUUGCCAUGUUUAGCUACACUUUCUCUAAAGUGCAGGAACACAGUGACACCUACUGGAAGUUCCAGCGUUACAACCUGAUUGUCGAGUACCACUCCCGUCCUUCUUUGGCUCCGCCUUUCAUUAUCCUCUCACACAUCAACCUCUUUAUUAAGAGGGUCAUCCGCAAAGUGCCCUCUGUAAAGAUUCACCACUUUGUGUUAGACUUGGAAGCAAAGGCAGCGAACAGAUUAUCAACGUGGGAAACGAUUCAGAAGGAAGACUUCCUGACUGCUCGAAACAAGAUCCAGAAAAGCAGCGACUCAGAAAGGCUCAAACGGAUGUCUGCCAAGGUAGAUGGUGUGCUUAAACAUCUGAGUGAAAGCAGAGACUUUGAACACAGGUUACGGUCUCUGGAGAAUCAGAUGGAGUAUUGCUCCAGUGCACUCAGCUGGGUUGUGGAUACUUUAUCACAAGGAAGCACAUUUAAACCUCCUCGACCUCCACCAUUACGAGAUGCAUUUGCCUCCUCUUCCAGCUCAACUUAAUUUAAGGAUACCUUAAAUCAAAGAGGACACCUUCACUUCGCUCAAGUUCAGGAAAAAAAACAAAAUUGGAGAACACUCUCUUUUGAGAACUUCUAUCCAGCCCACCACCCUACAUUCUCACUGGACUUGGUUUACCAAAGCAUAUAAACACUGCACUGAAAGGAGAAAACAUUUUAUCCAGCCAAUGCAAGACACUGUAUGUCUGCGCGCGUGUGCGUGUGUGUGACUUGAUACAAUUAAUGCUGUAAAACAUGUUUUAAAAACAUGCAAUGUUUUACAUU